GGAACCUGUGGAUGAGGUCCUCCAGAUGCCUCCAUCGCUGCUGACGUGUGGUGGUUGUCAGCAAAGCAUUGGAGACCGCUUUUUCCUCAAGGCUAUAGAGCAGUACUGGCAUGAGGACUGUCUGAGCUGUGACCUCUGUGGCUGCCGGCUGGGGGAGGUUGGCCGGAGGCUGUACUACAAACUCGGUAGGAAGCUGUGUCGGAGGGACUACCUCAGACUGUUUGGUCAGGAUGGGCUCUGUGCUUCCUGUGAGAAGAGGAUCCGGGCCUUUGAAAUGACAAUGCGUGUGCGUGACAAAGUGUACCACCUUGAGUGCUUUAAAUGUGCGGCCUGCCAGAAGCACUUCUGUGUUGGAGACCGCUACCUGCUCAUCAACUCGGACAUUGUUUGCGAGCAGGACAUUUUUGAGUGGACCAAACUCAACGGCAACUUGGUUUAGUUUCUUUUAAAGUAUCAAAAGGCUGUUGAUGCCAUGCCAGUAUCUACAGUGACCCCUUUACAGUCAGCUAACAAUUAAAUGCAUCUCUGCAGCAUUGUUGCCUAAAGAGACAGUAGUUGAAGAACACCGCUGCUCUCUAAAACCGAUCAUUUUUUUCGGUCCACCAGCAUUUAGCCAAGAUUGCUUACAAACUUUUCUAAUUGUAUCUUUUUAUCUUGGGAAAGCAAAUGCUAACUUUUUUUUUUUGAUGUAUGAAGGCAAUAAUAGUUGUUUCCAUGCCACUUUGGUAGAUAGUCACAUACACUUUAUAUCCGCACAAUAGAAAGUGCUGUUUGAAUCACAUAUUUGCCACGGAUAUAUGGAUACAUUAUUUAGUAUAAACAAAAGAUCACUUCCUUUACUUUUUUUACGAGUUCUCGAGCCAACAUUUUCUAUCCCAUCCUUAAGUUGUCUGCUGCUGGAGUGGUAUUUGGUUGGCCAAGGCAUCAGUUACCAAUAUCAGUAGGUCAUAUUGAAAUCUAUUUUGAUAGCUUUUGAUUGUUCUUUUAAAAUUUGAUUGCAGAGAGAACCCCUUUGUGAUUUGUAGACAGUUCUACUGCAAGGAUGUUUACUGCUUAACAGGACUGGUAAGGAUUUUUUUCCAUGACUAGCAAAGAAUCUGACAACAAAUUCAUCUUGACAAGCACAGAAUUGAAAGUGAUGUGUCACUAUGAUAUUCUUAAUUAUGAUGGCAAUAAAUAUUGGCAUAUA